AUGUUGACUUCAUCCUUGUUAAUUCUUGCCUCUCUCGGCGCUGGACUUACUCAGGCGCAGACCCUCGAGGAGCUCUACCUUGAGAAUGCGCCCUCUUCGCCGCGCCCCUACAUCAUUUCUCACUAUGCGAACUCGCAUGCGGUGACCAUUGGCAGCCAGCUGUACCGCUUCACCGUCACUGGUUCCUCUUCUGACAAUGCCUUUACUCUGAUGAGCACCAACUCGCCCUCUAGUGGUGACCUGGGCGUCUUGCCCCGUAUUCACCGCAGGCACUAUGAGAACUUCUUCGCGUACAAGGGUCGCUUCCAGCUUUGGGCUCAGAAGGGCGAUAGUGAGCAGCAGGCCCGUCUUCUCACCCAGGGUGAUUAUGGCUCUGUCCCCAGAAACACCACCCACACUUUCCAGACUCUUGACCCCGACUGUGAAAUGGUUGGAGUAAUCUCACCGGGAGGCUUCGAGGAUCUUUUCUAUGCCCUCGGUACCAACUAUACUUCUGGCACCGACACUCCCUUUGUGCCCCAGGCUAGCAAUGGCUCCUCCAGCCCCAGUGGCUCCGUCAUCUCAUCUCUGCAGAAGUAUGAUGUUUAUGCACAACUCUCUUUCGAACCUCGCCGUGACCUCGUCAACGGCACUGCCCCCGAAUGGCACACCGGCGCCAACCAGCUUGGCAGUCCCGGCGAGCCCUACUUCAUUGCCAAUGGUUACGGACCCAAAUACCUCAACUCUAAGUACGGCUACCAGAUUGUUCAGCCUCUUUGGACCCUGAACGGCGCUGCUGCAUUUGAGGUUCUGGAGGGUGUUCUUUCUAUCAAGAUCGGCGAUUACCCUGAGGCUACUCUCUACAACGGUGACGUAGCAUUCAUUCCUGCCAACAUUCCUUUCACAUACUAUACUUCCGUCGCGUUCACGAAUGUGCUUUAUGUUAGCAGUGGCUCCAAGGGUGUCGACUCUCAAUUGAUCCGU